AUGACUCGCGGAGAGGGCACCCAGACUAAAGUCCACUACAAGGGCAAGAACGAUGACUUUCUCGUCUUCAUCGAUGAUUCCGAGGCCUACAAGAAGUGGAAGAACGACAAAAGCAUCCCGCUGGCUCAUUUCAUCUCGAGGUUCACCAUCUUCCUGACGCACAAGCAAGGCACCCAGGGAACGUUCGACACGGCUUCCAAAAGCACCCUGGACGCCGAGUUCGACACGGAGAACGUGGAUGAGGCCAUCACGAAGAUCCUGACUGGUGGAACCAUCCAGACAUCCGAGGUGAGCAGCGCCGGCUCGAGCGAUCACGACCCACCAACGACGGAGCAAGUGACUGACAACCAUGUGCCGCAACAGACCUCGGGCAGGCAAGGCGCCACAAAUGACUCCAUGAGCUCCAUGAGGACUCACUAG